AGUGCAACCGAAACCCAUUUCCUCUCUCUCUAACGCCGCUCACCCUCGCCAACCGACGUCUAUCACCGACCACAGCCGCUCCUCGUCGCCGCCGUCCGCCGGUAAAGGAGCUCGCGGCUCUUUCUAUUUCUCUCUCCAACCAUUGUGUUAUUUCUUUAUCUCCCUCUAUUUGUUCUACUUCAGCCCCCGCCACCACGCGUCGCCGGCCUCUCCAUUGCCGUAACCCGCCGCCAUUCUUCGCUGUUUCCGUUUGGUGUUGUUGAAUAGAAGCAAGAAGGUCGCAUCUCAAUGGAUGAUUCUUCAAGAAAUGAGCUACAUGGUUUUAGUUUGGCUCUUGCGUCAAGAAAGGCUGAAGAAGCUGCUUGGAGGCGGUAUGAAGCUAUCAGGUGGCUUGACAGCUUUGUUGGACCACUUGGCAUAUCAAAUCAACCAUCAGAGGUGGAGUUUUUGUCUUGCUUGAGAAAUGGUCUGAUCUUGUGCAACGCAAUUAACAAAAUUCAACCUGGAGCAGUACCUAAGGUGGUGGAUAACCCAUGUCCUUUACAAUCAAUUUCGUGGGACUGCCAGCCAUUGCCUGCCUAUCAAUACUUUGAGAAUGUCCGAAACUUUUUGGUGGCAGCAAAAGAGCUGAAUCUGCCUGCUUUUGAAGCGUCAGAUCUAGAAAGGGAUACAUUUGAGGCAAAUGUAGUGGAUUGUGUAUUGGCUCUGAAAUCUCUUCAUGAGUCAAAGCAGAUAAGUAAUGGAAAUGGAUAUCAUAAACACGUGAAAUCUCCUCUGCUUUUGCACUCCUCCAAUAGGAUGCAUCCAAGACCCUUGUCCACAGUCUCAUUGGACUCUUGUAGACGUUUGGAUAUGUCUGCCACAUGUGAGAAACAACCUCCUGUUGGGAGUCCAAAUAUAGAACUUGAAGAGUUCAUUGUCAAGUCACUUGUUGAUUCCAUAGUCCAGGAAAAGGAAAAUUUUGAUGGGAACCUUCUUGCAUCUCUGAAAAAUCAAGAUAAGGAUGCAGUAAAGUUAUUCCAAAGUAUUGUAUCAAUUUGUUCAAAUGAAUCACUCCAAGGAAACUUUUCAGAGAAGAAGACAAAGUUUGAUACAACUCUAGAAGAUGAAUUAAAAGAAAGGAGCAGCUCCCUCGCUCGUUCUGAUUUAGUUUUAUAUGACAUUUCUGACCUUGAAUGUUUACAGAAAUGCAGAGCAUGCUUCAAAAAGAAAAGCUGCAAUCACCACAAACUCUUUUGUAUUCAAGAGAGGGAGGUUUUGGAUCUCAAAGCCCUUUUAUCUAAAACGAAGGGGGAAUUUCAUGACUUGCAGUUGCAGUUACAAAGGGACUUGAAAGACUUGGAAAAUCUAGUGCAGGGGCUAUCAAAUGCUGCUCUUGGUUAUCAUAAUGUGGUUCAGGAGAACAGAAGCCUGUAUAACAUUGUCCAGGAUCUAAAGGGCAAUAUUCGAGUUUACUGCAGAGUAAGGCCCUCGUUCAAUUGUUUAUCAAAAAAUGUGAUAGAAUAUAUUGGGGAAGAUGGUUCUCUAAUGAUCUUGGAUCCAUUAAAAUCCAAAAGAGAUGAAAGGAAGGUUUUUCGAUUUAAUCGUGUAUUUGGCCCUGCUGCAAAGCAAGAUGAAGUUUUUAAGGAUAUUCAACCAUUAAUUAGAUCUGUCAUGGACGGAUACAAUGUAUGCAUAUUUGCCUAUGGUCAAACUGGAUCAGGAAAAACGCACACCAUGAAUGGUCCAUCUGGAGGAGCAGACAAAGACUUCGGAAUUAAUUAUCUAGCUCUUAAUGAUCUAUUCCAGAUCCAAAAUGUAAGGAAGGACGGCAUAGACUAUGAAAUCAAUGUCCAAAUGGUUGAAAUUUACAAUGAACAAGUCCGAGACCUUCUUGUUGCAGAAUCAACAAAUACUAAAUUAGAGAUUCGAAGCUGUACUAGUGUCAGUGGCUUCAGUCUUCCAGAUGCAACACGGCAUUCUGUGAAAUCCACUGAUGAUGUUCUCAAUCUAAUGAAACUAGGAGAGUUGAACCGUGCCGUGAGUUCCACUGCUAUGAACAAUCGAAGUAGCCGCUCGCACAGUAUUUUGACUGUUUAUGUUAAUGGAAAGGACAAUUCUGGGAGCACGAUUCGUAGUUGCCUACAUUUGGUUGAUCUUGCAGGAAGUGAAAGGGUCGACAAAUCUGAGGUUAUGGGAGACCGGCUUAAAGAGGCACAAUAUAUUAACAAGUCUCUCUCUUGUUUAGGAGAUGUCAUCAUGGCAUUAGCUCAUAAGAAUUCUCAUAUCCCUUACAGAAACAGUAAACUCACACUUCUCUUGCAAGAUUCUUUAGGUGGACAUGCUAAAACAGUAAUGUUUGCACAUGUAAGUCCAGAAGAAGAUUCUUUCUGUGAAACAUUAAGCACUUUGAAAUUUGCUCAAAGUGUUUCGACUGUUGAACUUGGUGCUGCUCGUUUGAACAAGGAAAGCAGUGAAGUCAUGCAACUAAAGGCUCAGGUUGAGAAUCUCAAGAAAGCUUUGGUUAAUAAUGAAGCUCAACGGAUAUUAAGUAAUAAGUCAAAGGAUCCUAGAUCACCUACACAUGUAGUUGACAAAACUCCUCCACGAACUCGAAGGUUGAGCAUUGAGAGUUGCAACAUUGCUAAAACUGUGCUACCUUCCAAACAAGAGAUGGGAAAGGGCUCAAAGGAUCCUAGAUCACCUACACAUGUAGUCAAGAAAACUCCUUGUGCUCGAAGGUUGAGCAUUGAGAGUUGCAAGAUUGCUAAAAUUGAGCUACCUUCCAAACAAGAAAUAGGAAAGGGCUCAAAGACUCCCUCUGUACGCACCAGAAGAUCAAGCUUGGAGGGCCCAACAUGUAUUAAAAAAGAUGGUUUAAGGAUGAAGGUAUUGUUGGAAGAUGGAAGUAAGUUUCAGGCAUUGGCAUUCCAGAAAUCUGGGAAAAUUGAGAAUUCAGAGACAGUCUCUAAAGCUUCUCAUAGCAUCGGCAAUGCUGCUGUUUCAUUUGAGAUGAACCAUCCGAAGGCUCCUCGAAGUCCUCUAGGUACUGAUUAUAGGAAGCAAGUGAUCAACGUUGAAAGUACCCAAAUUCUUAGCCUUCAGCUGCCCAAGACACCUGAACCACCAAAGCGUGUCAGAAAUAACAUCCAAAAUCAAAUGCAAAGCGAUGUGAUGUUUUCUGUGGAUGGCCAAACACCCAACAUGACGAGUACAGUAAGUGGAAAAGGGUCUCGAAUCAGAAGAUCCAUGAGGACCAUUGGGAAGCUUAUCAAUGGCUCUGAGAAGAAAUAUUACAGGAACCGACAAAAUUUGAUAGAAUUGCAUACUCCAGUUCAAGUUACAUGUAAUAUUGAUCUUGAGACGUCACCAUUUACAACUAAUUCAAGGAUGCAGAGGAGGCAAUCACUAACUGGGAUCCAAAUGACAGGGCCAGGCAAAUCUAGAAGAUCAUCCCUUGGAGGGAAACCAGGCGACUCACAUGUUCAAAAUGUAAUAGACACUAGAAAUGCGAGGACCCCUCCAUCUGUUUAUCCGUCGACCCAGGUAACCAAGCGGUGGCUAUAAUCGUGCAUACAGCAAAUGACUUGGAAAGAUGUAAUUCACGUUCAAGCAGAGAAGCGAUUGGAGGUCACUUUUUGUAGCGUAGAGCCUUCAAAUUUAAAAUGAAGGCUUCAUGUUGACUAAAGUUUUCAGGUCAGAACAUAAAAGUGAUGAAUGUAGAGCAACUAACUUAGGGUUCAAUUAGAGGUUGGGGACGAAUCCCAAUGGUUUAGCACAACCUUCACCAUUCCUAAAUUUUCCAUGUAAUCAUAGAACUGAGGAUGUCCAUGUAAUCAUACUAUUAGUAUGUUCAAGAUAACUUACUAGACAUGUAAAAAAGAAUAAAACAAAUCCCUAAUGUGGAUAAACUAUUUUUA